UGUGUUUUGGCCUGACGAGGCUCCCGUACGGCCGUACCCCAAGCUCUUGCGGAAGUGUCGAACAGCACUGUGAACCUGGAGAGUUAAUUUUCCAUGGAAAAAAUGGAUAUUGAUCGCGACACUGAAUCCGGAGGAGAAAAUGGAGCAGCAGAAAAGAAGCACAGUGCAGCAAUAAUGGUGGUAUUGGUGGGUGCGCCGGGUAGUGGAAAGUCUACGUUCUGCGAUCAGGUCAUGCGCGCCUCCUCUCGACCCUGGGUUCGGGUCUGCCAGGAUACAAUUGGGAAUGGCAAGGCAGGGACAAAGGCACAAUGCCUGACGAGUGCAGCUACUGCAUUGAAGGAUGGUAAAAGUGUAUUUAUAGACAGAUGCAACUUGGAUAUAGAACAGCGUGCAGACUUUAUGAAGCUUGGUGACUCAAAGGUUGAGAAGCAUGCUGUGGUGCUCGAUCUUCCUGCAAAGAUUUGUAUAUCUCGGUCUGUAAAACGCACUGGGCAUGAAGGAAAAUUGCAAGGUGGGAAAGCUGCUGCCGUUGUUAAUAGGAUGCUUCAAAAGAAAGAAUUGCCUAAGUUGAGUGAAGGAUUUGCACGGAUUACAUUUUGUCAAGAUGAAAAAGAAGUUCAAGCUGCUAUUGAUACAUAUUGUGGACUUGGUCCAUCAGAUUCACUUCCAUCAGGUUGUUUUGGUCAGAAGAGUUCAAAUGCCAAGGUUCAACUUGGUAUAAUGAAGUUCCUUAAAAAAGUAGAUCCAGUGGGAGAUGCUGGCCCUGUGGCAAGUACUGUUCAGGAGCAUAUUCCUGAUCAAGAGAACAAAGAUAAAAAUUCCAACCAAGGAGCAGAAGAUGGUACUUCUACGUCAGCUUCUGCCUCCAAGGAUGUGAAGAAUGGUGAAGACCUAGAUAGUAGCUCUACCUGUGCUGCCGGUUCUUCAUACAAUGUUCCCACCUUGGCAUUUCCUUCUAUUUCUACAGCAGAUUUCCAGUUCAAUCUUGAGAAGGCAUCUGACAUCAUUGUUGAGAAAGUAGAAGAAUUCAUGAACAAACUUGGAAGUGCUAGGCUUGCUCUGGUGGAUUUGUCCUCUGGAUCAAAAAUACUUUCCCUGGUCAAGACAAAAGCUGCAAAAAAGAACAUAGACCCUAAUAAAUUCUUUACAUUUGUUGGUGAUAUAACUCAGCUAUAUUCUGUUGGAGGAUUACGCUGCAAUGUAAUUGCUAAUGCUGCCAACUGGCGACUUAAACCAGGAGGCGGAGGGACAAAUGCUGCUAUAUUUAAUGCCGCAGGUCCUGCCUUGGAAAGUGCAACCAAAGAAAGAAUUGGAUCCCUAGCACCUGGAAAAGCUGUUGUGGUUCCUCUCCCUUCAUCGUCGCCCUUGUUUAGUAGGGAAGGUGUAACCCAUGUGAUACAUGUUCUUGGACCAAAUAUGAAUCCCAAGAGACCAAAUUGUCUAAACAAUGACUAUGUCAAGGGCUGCAAGAUUCUUUCUGAAGCCUACUCAUCACUUUUUGAUGGAUUUGCAUCAAUACUGAGGACCCAUAGAGAGUUCUCCAAGGAAAAUUCUGAGGAUCAAUUUAAAUCACAAGAUCAACAGGGCAGAGGUGCUCAGAAUGGUGAUCAGAAGGUUAAGAGGGAAGCUGCUUUUGAACCUGAGAGAAGCAAAAAAUAUAAAAGCUUUCCGAAAGAACUUGGACCCAACACCAAGUGCCCUCUUGAUACAAGCAACAACCCUGAGAGAAAAGAUGAAAAGCAUACAACCAAAACUUGGGGAUCAUGGGCACAAGCUCUUUAUGACAUUGCCAUGCAUCCUGAAAAGCAUAAGAAUGAUGUUUUAGACACAUCACAGGAUGUUGUUGUUCUGAACGAUAUGUAUCCAAAGUCACAAAAGCACCUGUUGGUGUUGGCACGAGUUGAAGGUCUUGAUCGUCUGGCGGAUGUUUCCAAGGAGCAUCUCCCAUUGCUUAAGACAAUGCAUGCAGUUGGACUGAAGUGGGCAGAAGAGUUUCUGAAUGAAAAUGAAUCCUUAAUAUUCCGUCUUGGAUACCAUUCGGUCCCCUCAAUGCGACAACUGCACCUUCAUGUGAUCAGCCAGGAUUUCAACUCAAAGCAUCUGAAGAACAAGAAGCAUUGGAACUCAUUCAAUUCCCUCUUCUUCCGGGAUUCAGUUGAUGUGAUAGAGGAAGUCAGUCAAAAUGGAAAGGCUACCCUGAAUGAUGAUGAAAAGUUGCUCGCAAUGGAGUUGCGAUGCCAUAGAUGUCGUAGUGCUCAUCCCAACAUUCCCCGCCUGAAGGCACAUAUUGGCUCAUGUCAAGCCCCAUUCCCUUCUUUCCUGCUCCAAAAUGUUCGUUUAGUGUGCACACCAGGUAAGAUGCAAAUAGGUUCAUGAAUUGCUCCCUAUCAUAAUCCCAUGUCCACUGUGAAUUCGAGUAACAGUAAAAUAUCUGUAGUUUUGGUCUUUCUCUCAUCUCUUAUUUAGAGCAUGUUUCUCUCAUGAAAUCAAAAUGGAAAGUGCAGGAA